AGACCUCGGACUGUUGAAUUGUAUGCUGAAGGAAUGGGGCAUAUUGCCGACAAUGCCGUGGAGCUUAUCGCCAGCGACCGGGACGAAAAUGGAGACGUAUCGGACUGCUACACCACCAUGCUGAGAUGGGCGCUGGAGUCCGCCAUGUUUGUUUCUCUGGACAAGAGACUAGGACUGCUCGAGAAUCCGCUGCCACCCGACUCAGACGCAGCUGGCAUAAUGAACGGAAUUGUCACACUAUUUUCUGACAUGGACAAACUGGUGACAGGAUUUCCUUACUAUCGCUACUUUGCAACGCCCACCAUUAGGAGUUUUCAACGUACUGGGGAUUACCUAGUCUCGCGCAUGUCACACAUGAUAAAGGAAGCAGCGGAAGCGACCAAAUCAAAGGGUGACAACAAUGAAAACUGCACCAUCCUCCAGCACCUCUACAAUCAGCAGAAAAUGGGAUUCAAGGAAAUGUUCACUUUUCUUCAUGACUUCGUUAUUGGCGGAGCUGAUACGACAGCUGGUGCGGUCACCUACACGUUAUAUCGGUUAGCAAUGAACCCAGUAGCCCAAGAGAAAGCACGACAGGAAGUUCUCGCUGCAACGGAGGACAAUUCUGGCACAUUCUCUGCAGACAUUCAUCAUCACUUACACUACGUCAAAGCCUGUAUAAAAGAGGCACUUCGAUUCCACCCCGUCAUACCAGGAGUGAACCGGAAAUUAAACCAUGACGUCGUAAUGUCAGGUUACUGCAUACCCGCUAAUACAGUCUUACAAACACAGCCAUUUGUUGCUGGAAGGCUGGACGAGAACUUCACUCGGGCUUCGGAAUUCCUACCUGAAAGGUGGCUGCGAUCGAGCGAUGACCCAUCGUCCAAGGAGAAUGACAACACUUGGAAUCUGCAUCCAUUCGCCUCUCUCCCAUUCAGCAUUGGACCAAGAAUGUGCAUUGGCAGAAGAAUCGCUGAGAUGGAGAUUUGCAUUCUUGUGGCCAAGGUGCUGAAAAGAUACCGCGUGGAGAACCAUCACGGCGACAUCGGCUUUCUUACGCAGUUCACCGGCAGGCCAGAAAAGCCAGCUAAGUUCCGGUUUGUGGAACUCAACACCACACUUAACUAAUGCUUAAAAAAAUUGUCGCCGCUGUUACUUCGUCUUCGUGAAUAUUCCA